UCUUUCGUGGACGGCGGCUCCAUGUGGGCUCCCCGGGCCGUGCAGGUGCCGGACCAGAUCCGAGCCCCCUACCAGCCGCCACCACCGCAGCCCCAGGCGGCCCCGUCGGGGCCCCCCGCGCAGGGUCACCCCCCGCACCUGCAGCAGCUGGGCGGCUACCUGGCGCGCGGGGACUUCUCCAUGCAGCAGCACGGGCAGCCGCAGCCGAGGAUGGGCCAGUUUCCCCCGGGCCAGGAGGGCCUCGGUCAGGGAAGCCCCUUCAUCGCCGGCCCCGGCCACCUGUCGCACGUGCCCCCGCAGAGCCCCGGGGUGGCGCCGAGCCUGCGCCACGCGGUGCAGCCCUUCCACCACCAUCCCCCCGCCGCUCUCCACGGGGAUCCCGUAGCCCACAGCCCCCGGUUCUCCCCCAACCCUCCCCCGCAAGGGGCCGUGAGGCCACAGACCCUCACCUUUAGUUCUCGGAGCCAGACCGUCCCCUCACCUACUAUAAACAACUCAGGGCAGUAUUCUCGCUAUCCUUACAGUAACCUAAAUCAGGGAUUAGUUAACAAUACAGGGAUGAAUCAGAAUCUAGGCCUUACAAAUAAUACUCCAAUGAACCAGUCCGUCCCAAGAUACCCCAACGCUGUAGGAUUCCCAUCGAACAGUGGCCAAGGACUCAUGCACCAGCAGCCUAUCCACCCCAGCGGCUCCCUUAACCAAAUGAACACGCAAACUAUGCACCCUUCGCAGCCUCAGGGAACUUACGCCUCUCCGCCUCCCAUGUCACCCAUGAAAGCAAUGAGUAACCCGGCGGGCACCCCUCCUCCGCAAGUCCGGCCCGGAAGUGCCGGGAUCCCGAUGGAAGUCGGCAGUUACCCAAAUAUGCCUCACCCGCAGCCGUCUCACCAGCCCCCUGGCGCCAUGGGGAUCGGACAGAGGAACAUGGGCCCCAGGAACAUGCAACCGUCCCGUCCGUUUAUGGGCAUGUCCCCGGCGCCGAGGGAGCUGGCCGGGCACCUGAGAGCCAACGGUUGUCCUGGCGUCGGCCUCACAGACCCGCAGGCGAUCCAGGACCGGCUGCUCCCUGGCCAGCAGCACCCCGGGCAGCCGCCGGCCUUCCAGCAGUUGCCAAGCUGCCCUCCGCUGCAGCCCCAUCCGGGCCUGCACCACCAGGCUUCGCCCCCGCCCUCGCACCACCAGCCUUGGGCACAGCUCCACCCCUCGCCCCAGAGCGCCCCGCAGAAAGUGCCUGUGCCGCAG